AUGUUUCUAGAGAAGUUUUGUAUUUAAAGUAAACAACAAAAAAUUAUUUAAUUUACCCAGUCUAACACCUAUUCUAAAAUUUCAAGAAUCAGAACGAUAAGAAAAAAGUUGUACUCGUUGUUAUUGUAGACUACAGCUUAUUUAUAAUUAAAGUAAUUAUAUAUUUAUUUUGAAGUUAUAUAAACCAUUAACAUAACAACAUUUAUUAAAAUGCGCAGCCAGUUUAAUAGAUUAAUCUUUUUUUUGAAUCAUCAUAUAUAUAGUGA